CAACGCUUAAUAAUAAAAGCACGAGCCAAUUCACCCUUGAGGCUUCCCCUUCAACACGGGACGUUGCGGAAUGACCUACUCAGGGGCCUUCCUUCCGACUUCUGCGGCGCAAGCUGUAUCUGACGAGGGACUGUCUAGCAAAUUGUUCUCACGAUCGGGCCCAUCUCCACACCCUACUAGCGGAGCUGCUUCCCAAAAAGGCCUACUUUCAGUCUCCUUACCGGACUCUAGCAGUCAAGUCAAUACUUUGAUAGACAAUUACAAUGUAGAUACGGAUACCUCAUCGCCACCAUUUUUACGUGGGAAUUUUACCCAGGCAUCACAGUUUGAGAGUUAUGGCGUGUCGCAGCUGGAGGGCGAAGCCAAUACCAGCGUAAGAGGGGAUAAUAGGGAUGACGCAGAGUCGCAGAGAAGCGAUGUGACCUGCGCUAGCCCCUUUCCGCGGACUGCGGUCUCUCAAAGCGACCCACGCACGCCGAGACCCGGAACGCCUCAUCGAUCUAGCGCCGCCGUUCCUGUCGCUCCGGUACCAAAGGUAGUUCAUAAUGGAAGAACUCAACCUACUACCGCUCAAUCAGUACAGGUUUGCACCCAAGCCCAGUGUUGACAGUGCCCCAUCAGAAUAGCAACUUAAAUAUUUCACUUCUUCCUGGGCAUGUCUAGCAGCCCAGAAGAGUGUACAACCUCGGCAUGUUUUCCAAGCCGCCUCCUUUUGUUCCAUCUAUGCCUUCACCCAUUGACUCACAGCGGUUAUUGUCGCAAAGUAGCGAAACAUAUCUUCCUGCCACGCCGCUAUCGCAAAGUCAUCCGCGUCCGACCAUCUACACUCAAUUCUCACCAGCUCCUGCCCCUACAGGAGCUGAACCCAAAGCGUUUAUUAUGAAGAAGAAUCUAGAAAAUUUGAUGGGAGAGAUGCUCAAGCAAAUGAAGCUGGCUUUCGGUCACUUGCAGCAAGUACGUGAUAAUAUUGAAGCCGAGGCCGGGAAAGCCAAAGCGAUAUUGCAGCCAGAAAAUCUGAACCAGGCGUUUGAUUGCUUCGUCCAAGUUCAUGUACUCCCUUAUUUGGACACACUGACAACAAGUGUCGGUGAGGCAAUGCAGAAAACGGCUGAUGCCACAACUGCCAAGCUCGAUAAACUAAUUGAGGACCAUCAGAAGAGCCAGGAGCAGCAGACGGAGAUUCUGGCCCAGCUCAAGGAUCUUGCCCAAAAACUGGUCACUGAGCAGCAGACACUGACGGACAUCAAGACUGACAUACUUCGCCAGGAAAGAGCCGUCAACUUGGAGGCCACAAAGAUUCGUGAAAGUCGGCUGAAAAAUGAUGCUACCUUAGAGUCGAUUGUUUUAGCAUUGACGGGCCACAAGGCCCUAUUGGGCUCGCUAAUGAAAACUGCGACCGAGAUUCAAGGUCGGCAAGAGACUUUGGACGCGAAUAACAAGGAGGGUUGUGAAGCGUUGCGGCAAAUGCUCGAGUCCGCGACAACAGGCUCAAAAGAGACCAAGCAGAGGACGAAUUUGGACGGUGAGAAUGGUGUCACUAGUCUAGCGUCUUCAACCUGGCGAUCAGGAGCGCAGCAAACACAUUAUGCAGUGCCUCCUCAUUGGGCAGCAAGUAGCGCCAUUCUCCCUGCCUUUAACAUCGCGCAAUCAGAUUAUGCGAGAGUAGCGUGCAAUGUUGCUCCUUGGGGCAAUCAUCAAGUGAAAAUAGAGGAAUCAUCUUCACUGGGGAUGUUGUAUAUGCAAGGCGGUCCAGGAUACCAAAAUCUAUAUAGAUUGCACGUGCCGCCGGCUUCCGGGACUGUUUCUCACACACCCGCGGUCUACCCGGCACAAUAUAGUCCCUCAGCGUCUAAAGAACAUUCUUGCUCUGCGUCAGGUACAGAUACUGGUAGUGCCAAGAGUACGGGGUGGUCUAAUGGUGCGCAGUCUUCGCGCGCUGCCCAAUCCGAGGUUCCAUUAAACGCGACAGCGCCUCCCAGCGCGAAAGGUUUCGAGCUUGAACUCGAGGACGAAAGGUACGUCAAUAAUGUGAGUUUGAGUUUGUGCGAUUCAUGCUUAUGUGGCAGAUGGGACGACAUAUGUAUCCGCUCGGGUUUGCAUGCCCGAGCUGCAGCUCAUGGUCGGGAGACCACCAAAUUCUCUCGACUGACGCUCAAAAAACCGCCGCCGGCUACUACAAUUGAACAGGAUGUUCCUGACGUAAUUGUGGUGGAAGCUUUCGAAGAUUCCUCAUCAAAGGAGAGAUUACCAGUAACGGCAGCGAGACAGCAAGUGGAACCCCAUCAUGAGGGUCCAAUAGAGAACGGGUUUAUGCAAGCCAAUUCCCCCUUUCCCAUACCAGAUGGUCGAAUGACACGGGUAUAAUGCAUCUUUUGGAACCAUCCUUUUCACGUGCCAUUCACACGCGUUCUUUUCAGCUGCAAAAACGGAAACUUGAAGCCAUACUGACACCAGAUGGACCUAUUAAUGAGGAUAUAGUGAUAGUAAGCAGUGCAACACCAGAACCUGCUGCUCUCAAGCGGCGGCGGGCACGAGCGGUGAAAAAGGACUUAUCAGAUUAAGAUGAUUUGUGUUGAUUUGACCUGUUUAUAACCUAUUACUGUGAGACCUAAUUCUCUAUCAGACGGUUUUGCUAUUUGUUACAUGUCGCGUGCCUAUCUAUUCUGCAUUUUAAAUAUAAACAAUAUGAACACUUGUCUUAAGGAUUAUCCAAC